AUAUCCCUCCCCUCUACGUUCACUUACUUUUCCGACGUAAAAUCCGUCAUCCGCUAAUCACUGAAUCAAUUACGGAUGACUUGCCAAACAAACUCCAUCUCGAACCAAGAAAAAUCGAGAUUCGGUCACGCGUUUUCAAGCUGUCUUAGUUUCCUAUUUUGAGUUCAAUCAUCGGCCUAAAUUAGACGAGAUUCCUAAUCGAUAAACUGCGUCUGGAGACCUAUAAGUAGAGGUGGUGCUUACUCGUUACGAACACGCCUCUCACCUUUCUGUUCCUCACCCCAAAUCGGCCCCUUUUGUCAAGUUCCGCCGCCGCCGCAAGUACUCCGACGAAACCAGUAACCAUCGAACUGACUGAUUGAGGAUUUGCAACAUUUAUUCCUCUCGUGCGGGUUACUUACGGCCUUCCUAUCGCAAUUAAGGUUACAAGAAAAUCAAGGAAGACUUAGAAAAGGGCUAGGGAGAAUAAAAGACUCACAGGAAUUUUCAUAAAAAUUUACCAUGACUUGUGUUUUUUUAUUGAAAUAAAGUAAUGCUUUUAUUUUAAUGAAAUGAUGCAUUGAAUUCUGUAUACUGUAUCAGUGACACGUUAGCCCUAGUCGGGACGGGGUGUUACAAUUAUGGUAUCAGAGCCCAGGCUCUUUCCUGUCGAUAAAUCGUUUUCUAAAAAAUUAUAAAUAAAUAAAAACCUGUGAGGCAAUGGGUAGGACCGGGUUUGGAAUAUGUCCUCUUAAAUUUGUCAUCACCAUCGUACACUAUUCUUGUAGAUGCCUCCGAUUAGAAGAACUAGUCGACGUAGUUCGAGCACAUCGUCUAGGCGUCGCGACCUUAACAGCGCAGUCCAACGUGCUGUCGAAGGACUACUCCCUAAUUUGACGCAAACCAUCACCCAAAACAUGUAUGCCGAGUUACUUCCUAACCUCAUGCAACAAAUGCGUGAAGAAAUAAACGGCAAGGCGCCUCCGACUCCUCCUCGUUCGCCAACACCUCCCCGUUCGCCAACACCACCUCGUUCGCCAACCCCACCCCGUUCGCCACCCAAAGCCAAGAAAGAGAAAGAGACUGUUUCACCGCCUAUUGUUGACAUUCACAAAUGGCUCUCAAGAUUUCUAAAGCAACAUCCCCGAUCCUUUAGCUCUAGUGCUACACCGAUAGAAGCACAAAAUUGGAUUGAUCACAUGGAGAAAAUUUUUGAAGCCUUGGGAGUGAGUGAUGAGUUCAAGGCAAGAUUGGCUGCUUACAAGCUGGAAGACAACUCCCAAACGUGGUGGCGAACUAUUAAACGCUCAAGAGGUGGUGAUACAUUUGCUGCUACACUCACAUGGGAGGGUUUCAAGACAUUGUUCUACCAGCAAUAUUUUCCGGUUGCAUUCAGGGAGGAAUACAUUCGGGAGUUUGCAUCGAUUAAGCAAAGAGAAGAUGAACCAAUGUCAGAAUUCAUGGAAAGGUUCACAAGGCUUGCUAGUUUCGCUGGAUCUGAGGCUGGGACUGCACAGGCCCAAAAACUUAAAUGGGCUCUAUGUGAAAGGGUAAAAUGGUUAAUUGUGAAUCAAGAAUUUAAAGAUGUCACUGAAGUAGCAAAUGCAGUACAAAACCUUGAAAUUGCAAAUAAGUCAAUGAAACUGCAAUACGGUGGGAACCUCAUGAAUAAUCCCACCCUGAUCACUGGACAAUCCUCUUCCCAAACCCCAACCACUGAACACCAAAAGUCAAAUUCCAAUCGGAACAAUGGGACCCAACAUGGGGGUUCUCAAAACAGUAAAACUACUCCUCCGCAAAACCAGCAGCAAUCUCGCCCCUUAUGCAACAAAUGUGGGCGACCGCAUGAUGGCGUAUGCCUCAAACUCACAGGAGGUUGUUUUAGAUGUAAACAACCCGGACAUUUAUCCAGGGACUGCCCACAUCCACCUAAGUACACUGGGAAGAAUACUGAUACACCUGCUACUGGGGCAAACACAGUACCACGCACUACCGGCGGAAGAGUGUUUGCUUUAACCGCUGAUAAUAAACCAACAGAGCUUGCUAAGAAACACCACGGAUAUGAUGUGUUUGGUCGAGAACCUUAAAGGAAACCUUUCUUAAUUUGAGUUCUUGUCUUUGCUUUUAGAGACUGUUUUUUUUUCUUAUUUUGAAUUUCU